AUGUAUACUGAAAGAUCUAGAAACUCUAGAAGAUACCGAUCUCGUUCACCUCAUAGUGGCGAUCGUCACCGCGAAGAAGUUACUCAUCGCCACCGAUAUAGUCGAGAAUAUGAGCGAGAAGGUCGCAGGAACUCCGAUUAUACAGAGCCAUCAUAUCGGAGUUCACCAAGGAGCGAAAAGCCUCACCAUGAGGCUCGCGAUAGCGGAAAUGAUAUACAGCAGAAAAGUCAGCAGCCUGAAAAACCACCUGAUUCUGAAACUGUAAAAGAUUCGAACCUUAAUCAAAAACCAAAAGUUCCAAUUUCUCUGGAAGAAUUACUACAAAAACGUGAAACUGAAAAACAAGCAAAUGAUAGACCAAAAUUCUUGUCAAAAGAGGAAAGAGCAAGAAUAGCACUGGAGGAACGACAGAAGGAGGUUGAAUUAUUACGUCAAAAACAAGAUGAAGAAAGACGUCAGCAAGAAGAAUUCCAAAGACGUGCAAUGGAAGAAGCUCGGCAAAACG